UGCAGACUGAACUAUUUCACCGCGCAGACUGCGGGUUAUGUGACAGUGGUGUUUCCACUCACACCGUCUUGUGCGUGUCCUUUGACCUCUGUCGCUUCUAAAAUAGAGAAACAACCUUGCGGGGACUUCACUCAUAGCUGCAGUUGUUGUCUGCACAGUUUUGUCCGUCAGUCAAAGUUUCACAUGCUGGGCAGCUGAGGUAAAACAGUAAGCACAACCUUUUCUCAUAGUAUUCCUGCUAUGCGACGUUAGUUGUUGGCAAAAGAAGUUGUCAUCACUUUAUUUCUUGAACACCAACUUCUCCUGGGAGAUUUGAAAAUAAAACCUCAGCACAAGACUGUUUCUCGUCUUAUGGUUCCUCUGUGUCUUACUAAUUCAAAGUGACACCAGGUGAUCUGCAUCAUUCUCAUGAUCUCUACUGUCUUCAUUCACCAGUGGAGAGUGAUGAGGUUUGCAGAAAACCUGCAGCUUCUUCUACUUUUGGCCUUGACCUCCAGAGCCACAGGUCUCAGCAUCCCACUGGAAGUGGAGCAGCUUCCAACCAUAGUAACUUACUCAUCAGGUCCCAUUAUCGCCCUUUCUCGUGACAACAAUAUUACAGUGACCUGUGAAGCCAGGGGUAACCCACCACCAGAAUACAGAUGGACAAAAGAUGGCAAAGACUUUAUCCUUCCCUAUGUCACGAACAAAACAGACCACACAUAUGGCAGCUUUGUGCUUCACAAGAAACACCUUGCCCAGUUCCAGGGGAAAUACAGAUGUUACGCCUCUAACAAGCUGGGAACUGCCAUGACAGAGGAGAUUGAACUGAUUUUCAGUGACCCUAGGUUUCCAAAGGAGGUAAUUGAUCCCAUUGUUGUUGAGGAGGGAGAGCCAGUUAUCUUAAAGUGUAACCCUCCUCAGGGUGUGGCCCCUCGUCAAAUCUACUGGAUGUCCGCCGUGGAAGGGGCAAAACACUUGCCCAACACUGCAGGCUUCAAGGUUCAAUCCCUGAUUAAUGGAUCUCGAAUUGAUGGCGACCUGUACUUCUCUAAUGCCUUACAGAAAGACAGUCGUCAGGAUUACUAUUGCAAUGCCCGCUUCACCAGAAUAGGCUUGAUGGUCCAGAAAACCGCCAUGGCUGUCUUAGUCAAUAGCUCUGAAGCCCCUGAAGUGAGAAAACCUGGCCUGCUACUGCCCUCUGGUUUUCAGUCAGAGAAGGUGCUGAUGAAGGGAGAGAAUUUGCAGCUCGAGUGCAUACCAAAGGGAUUCCCCACUCCAACAAUAAAAUGGAAGAAACUGGCAGACAAUCUGCCUUUACGGACACAAUAUAAGAAUUUUGGAAAGUUACUGACCAUCACUGCUGUAGAAGAGAGGGAUGAGGGGAGAUACACGUGUACAGCCAACAAUUCUGCUGGAGAGAUUGUCCAUUACAUUGAUGUAAUAGUGGAAGAGCCACCAAAGUGGCUAACAGGACCUCCACAAAGCCAGCUGGCUGUGAUUGGGUCUGAUGUUCACAUCAAGUGCUCGGUCAGCGGAAAGCCACUACCAACCAUCACGUGGAGAAGGAAUGGAGAACUUUUUCGAGAUGACCCAGACAGCUACAGACGAGUGCUUGAUGACACUGUGGUGCUUCAUAAUGCCAGGCCAGAGGACAGUGCUGUCUACCAGUGUGAAGCCUCCAACAGUCAUGGCAGUAUUCUGGCCAACGUUAACAUCAUGGUCAUGAAUGUGGCUCCUAUGAUACUGACAAGAGACUAUCAAGUGUACAUGGUAGUACUCGGAGGGAACAUCAUCAUGAACUGUAGUGUUUUCAGCUCUCCACCAUCCGAAAUCUCUUGGGUCAAAGAUGAGACUCCAGAACCCAUCGAGGAUGAACGAUUUAUUUUUCUCCAGAACGGAUCGUUGCAACUCAUCAGCGCAGACAAAGACGACAGUGGGAGUUAUCUGUGUGUUGCCAAUAAUAGCGAGGGCAAGUCAGCAAUCACAGCUAUACUGGAUGUGAAAGACUCUACAAAAAUAGUAGCUCCACCACAGGAUGUGCAUGUCAUCAGUGGGACCACAGCCCAGUUAAUAUGCCAGGCACAGUAUGAUAAAAAUCUGGAGAGCAGCUUUGAGGUAGUGUGGAGGAAGGAUGGCGAGGAGAUCCUACUUUCUUUGGAGAAAAAUUCCAGGUUUUUUGUGAAGAGUGGCAUGCUGCAAAUCAUGAAUGUGAACCUGAGCGAUCAGGGCAUGUACACUUGCACUGCCAGAACCAGUCUAGAUGAGGACAGUGCCUCUGCACUGCUCACGGUAUUGGACGUUCCUGAUGCUCCAACGAAUGUAGUGAUAUCUGAACUUAAGAGUCCGAGGAAUGUGCACCUGUCUUGGGUACCUGGGAGUGAUCACAACAGCUCCGUCACAGAAUUUAUAGUGGAGUUUGAGGAGAACCAAUGGGAGCCCGGUAGGUGGAAGGAGCUACACAAAGUGCCUGGUAACCAGGCAACAGCCGAACUGGCACUACACGGACAUCUUAACUACCAGUUCAGAGUGUAUGCUGUUAAUGCUGUUGGACCUGGACCCCCUAGUGAGCCCACUCAGAGACACAAAACACCUCCUGCUGCUCCUGAUAGGAACCCAGAGAAUAUCAAAAUUCAAGGGCCUCUUCCUCAUCAAAUGGACAUCAGCUGGGAGCCUCUUUUGCCUAUUGAGCACAAUGGCCCAGGCCUUGAGUACAAGGUGAGCUACCGAAGACUGGGGGUGGAGGAUCUCUGGCAGGAGUACGUGAUUAAAAGACACUCCUUUGUUGUGAGAAACACAUCCACCUUUGUCCCCUAUGAGAUCAAAAUUCAUAGCAGGAACAGCCUUGGUUGGGGACCAGAGCCUAAAGUUGUCACAGGUUAUUCUGGAGAGGAUGUUCCUACCACAGCACCACAGGAUGUAGCAGUGGAGGUGAUAAACAGCACUGUUCUGAGAGUUAGCUGGGCGCCAGUUCCACUUGCCACACUGAGAGGUCAUCUGGGAGGCCACAAUGUUCACUUGUUGAGGAAGUGGAGUCUGCUGAAUCCCAACAAGAGUUUAAAUGAGCGGCAGUCCCUAUCAUUCCGUGGGAAGAGGAGUCAUGCCAUUGUACAUGGCCUCAAACCUUUGUCAGAGUACAGACUCACUGUCAGCGUUUUCAACAACAAGGGCAAUGGGCCCAGCAGUGACCCGGUCACCUUCAACACCCCAGAGGGAGUUCCUGGACAAGUGCCUGUACUGACUGCCUCCAAUGCCCAGAAAGACUCCAUUUUGCUGGUAUGGGGACCACCGCUGGAGGCAAAUGGCAUUCUCACUGGCUAUCUCCUGCAGUACCACCUCAUUAAUGAGACCACUCUGGAGGUGGUUGACUCCCAGGAGAUAAACAUCACUGGGGCUGACACCACCCAGCAGCAGCUGCAAGACUUAGAGGAAGGCAGCCUCUACCGCUUCCUCAUCAGUGGCUGCACUCGAGCAGGUUGUGGACCUCAGUUAGCCCAGGAGAGCUACACCAUCACUCAAGGACUUCCAGCCCCGUUGAACAUAAGCUCAUAUGUGAGUGAUACCUUUGCCAAAAUCAGCUGGACUGCCAGAGAAGAGCAACGGGACUCACAGCUUUAUGUGGCUUAUAUGAAUAACCGUAACUGGCGACUUUCAGAGGCUGUAAACUCUUCUCAAAGUUUCCACAUUAUUGAUGGGCUAGAACCCGGGACAGUGUACACCGUACGCCUCAUGGCCAAGAGGCUGCUUGAUAAUGCUAGCAUUUUUGAGGAUAUUAUCCAGACUCGAGUCAAAGGUGUGGGAGGUCGGCAGAGCAACUUUUCAACCCAGGGAUGGUUCAUUGGGACCAUGUGUGCCGUGGCACUCCUCACCCUUGUUGGACUCAUGGCCUGCUUUGUGCGGAGAAAUAAAGGUGGCAAGUAUGCAGUGAAAGAGAAGGAGGACCUCCACCCCGAUCUGGAGUCACAAGGAAUGAAUGAUGACACCUUCUGUGAAUACAGUGACAGCGAGGAGAAGCCACUGAAGGGCAGUAGCUUGUGUUCCAUGAAUGGAGAUGACACAGUGGGGGACACCGUAAGCAGAGACAGCCUGGUUGACUACACUGAUGGUGGAGGAGAAUUCAGCGAGGACGGUUCAUUUAUUGGUGAAUAUUCUGGAUGCAAGCAUCGAGGCUCUGUUAGUGAACCCAGUGGACUAAGCCCGGUCUCUGCAUAACGCCAGGCUCCAGUUGAAAUGGUCUAUUUCAAAUCCUUUCAAGAUCCUUUUUUUUAAAUUCAGCUUCCCUGGUGGUUAGUGUAGCUUCAAUAGCCAAAUAUGAGGGAAUAAAAAUGAUUCAAAUGCGCAGAUGUUUUUACAGCAGGUGAACAUUUUGCUAAGGGACCAAACAGGAAAAAAUACACUCACUAUACAUAUCAGUGUGAAAACAUCUGAGUCUUGAGGACUGUAUCAUUUGAGUGUUUCAUGAUUGCAGUGACAUUAGUGACAUUAGUGACAUUGUUUUUUCUACCUAACAGCUAUAAUCUUCAGCGGUUUACACUGAUAUUGCUCUGUAACAACAGUAAAAAAUACUGAGUGUCACCACAUGUUUUUUUUUACACAGUAAAUGAAAAAAAAUGAUAAACACAGAACUGUGCAGGAUGUCCUAUUUAUUGAAAACAGAAUCACUCUCAUGAUUAUCAGUACCUAGUCACAAGUGCUUCAGUCUGUUGAUCUGUAUUUAACAUUUUUGAUGUUGUUAAUAUCCAAAUAUGUGAAAGCUGUAUUUUUAAACUAUGAAAAUGUCCUUUUAUAUCAAACAUGUUUUAUGAACUUUUUUAUUGCUUUUUAACACAAUGAACUCAAGAACAAAAUAUAUAGUUCCCUCAGUCAUGCCCUUAUAGUGUGGGGUGGGAUUUACAGCAGGGAUAAAUCAGUUGUUUAGCCAGAAGGAUAAAGUGUAUUUCUGCAUUGUAUUAGUGGAAUCAUCAGUGCAUUUAUUUAAAGAACUUGUCAAAACUGUAACUAGUGAAUAAAGCUUUGACCUUAGAGCUUCCCCUCUACUGAAGAGGGAGAUUUCAGAGUAAAGCAAUAUGCCGUACUCAUUUGUUUUUUUU